AUGGCUCAACGGUUCCACUUUGGCCCGAGGAGACGUCUGCUUCUGGUGGCAUCUCUGGUGGCAUGCCACCAUUCACGGAACUUUUCUGCCCCUUGUGCUUCGAGGUCUCCACACAGGGGAGUCGUGGCCAUGGCAGGCCGAGGACGGAGCGCGGCUGAAUUCAUCGGAGAGAGACUUCCGGGUACGGCAUUCGUUGCUGUAAUGGCGGCUUUGGCCAAGAAAGUCGCAUCUUUGAGCAUUCUCGGUGGCAUUUUCAGUCCGCUGCUUUACGCAACCUUGACAGGACUGCUGGUGGGAAACACCAUUCUGGCAAAGAGCAACUCCUUGACACAGGAUGUGCGGCCAAUUCUGAAACCAGGUGUAGCUUUUGCCAAAGCUCGACUGCUACGCCUUGGGAUCAUCUUGUACGGUUUUAACGUGUCCGUGCAGCAGAUACUGACAAUGGGUCCUGGAAGCUUUUGUUCAGCCCUGGCUAUGGUCUUCUCUACCCUCGCUGUUGGCGUGGCGGUGGGAGAACUGUUGCAAGUGGAUAGACCGGUGGCUUUACUUGUGGCGACGGGUGCAUCGAUCUGUGGAGUUUCCGCUGUGAUGGCGGCAGCGCCAGUGGUGGAGAAGGAAGGAGCGUCUGGCUCGAAGGUCUCGGUUGCUCUGGCAACCGUCAUGGUAUUUGGAAUUGCCUCCAUGUUCUUGUAUCCGGUCAUGUGGCCGAGACUCCGGCUAUCCGCAAAGGCCAUGGGAAUUUACACAGGUGCCACAGUGUACGAGGUCGCCGGUGUCGUGGCCGCCGGCAAUGCGAUGUCACCCAGCGUGGCCUCGGCGGCCUUGCUGACGAAAUUGGUUAGGGUUCUGCUCCUGGCUCCUUACCUUUUCAUCGUCAGCAGGCUGGCAAAAGGUGGUUCGACCAGCAUUCAGACACCGUGGUUCGCGUUUGCCUUCUUUGGCGUUUGCGUGAUGUCUUCUUACAUACCCUUCCCAGCUGGGCUUGCUGCUGCUGCAACCAAAGUGGGUUCCUGGUGUACUGCCCUGGCCAUGGUCGGACUUGGCUUGGAGAGUGAUGUAGCUGCUAUCAAGCAGAUGGGAUGGCGUCCGAUGUUGUUGGCAAGUAUCAUCUUCGUGUACUUGGUGUGUGGCGGCUUUCUGGUGGUCGGCGGAAUUCUACACAUUCUGCCAGUGUGA